AGGACGUUUCCAGAAAAAAAAAAAACUGCAAGAUGGCGGAAUAUACGUCUGUUCAGAAAGGAUCUUUAAAACUCAAAGGAGUUGGAGAUAUUUCAGCUGGUAAAAAGAAAAAGAAGAAGGACAAGCAGUUAAAACAACUAGAAAAGCAGGUGGUAACCACUUCAACAGACGAGGAAACGACCAAGAAGGCCUAUGUUGAUAAAAGAACACCAGCUCAAAUUGCCUUCGACAAAAUCCAAGAGAAAAGACAAAUGGAAAGAAUUUUGAACAAGGCCUCCAAGACACACAAGCGCAGAGUUGAGGAGUUCAACAGACAUCUGGACACACUGACUGAGCAUUAUGAUAUUCCUAAAGUCAGCUGGACCAAAUAACACAGAGCCCUUGUGGUUCAUCAGCAGGAUGAAGACAUUUAUUCAUCUGUUGCGGAUAUAACAUUUUCUCUGGCCCAGCAUUUAAUUUAACUGCUUUAAAACGGAUACUGUAAAGUCUAAAGAUACUUUUGUGUUCAGUCAAAAGGCAUUUGUGAUUGUGUGUGUGUUUUUUAGAGACAUUUCAUCCUUUUUUUAAUGUAGGUUUUAGUUUAAAGAGUUAAAAUGAUUUCUGUACUGUAAAAUGUAAUAUUUAUAUAAUUGGUGCAGUGUUAUUUUGUGACUAUCAUUACUAGUUUCCUUAGGAACACAUUUGAUACAAUAAAAGUGACAUUUGA